UUUUUGCAUCCGGGUCCUUUCUUCCUUUUCCGCUGUGCCCAGAUGCGAUGAGGAGCUAGGUUUGCCCGGACCUGACAAAAUCCAAAUCCAUCUUCGAUAAAGGCACCACCGAACCUCGCCAAAAUGACCGAGCAGAUGACAGUGAGGGGGACCCUAAAGGGGCACAGUGGAUGGGUCACCCAGAUCGCCACUACGCCUCAGUACCCCGACAUGAUUCUGUCGGCUUCCCGAGACAAGUCCAUCAUCAUGUGGAAACUGACCCGUGAUGAGACCAACUAUGGCAUCCCCCAGCGCUCCCUGAGGGGCCACUCUCACUUUGUAAGUGAUGUUGUCAUCUCCUCAGACGGACAGUUUGCUCUGUCGGGCUCCUGGGACGGGUCCCUGCGUCUGUGGGACCUCACCACGUAAGUA